GGAUUAUCGAUAAUCAACUUCCAGCCACACCACUUUCCACUCCAGACCUUGGAGAACUUCAUCGACCAAGCACACCCUCGGGUCUCUUUGUUUAUUGUUGUCCCGAAUCAACCGGGGUAUAUCGUCUCUCUUACUCCCGUGCCUCUUUUUGUUCUUUUUUUUACCCGCUAGAACGCAGUCGCGGUGGCGAAUUGGUUCAAUCAGUGGUUCGGAACAACGCCUCAUUCUUUGGUUCUACCUCUGAGCGUCUUUCUCCGAGACUGGACCGCUGAAAUCCGGAUCCAGACUUGGCUCUGUUGUGAUUUUUCGCCUUUUCUCGCAUCUUUGCCUCUGACUGACCCUUGCCCCGUCGUUCUCUUUUCUCCCCCGCGUUGAGUUUCGCGGGUGUUUCGACUUUGAUCUUGGCUUUGGAUUCACCCACAACAUACCAGCCUCCCGAGAGAAGAAAAAAAAAAUAAUCGCAGCAACUCGGUCUGCGACUCGCUUCAUAAAGCACACACCCUGUAUACAAACAGUCUGAAAUACCGGUGAAAAAAAAGGAACUCGCCUCGCCGGAAAUACAAACAACAGACGAAACCAUGCCGCUGUCAAAUCGCCGUCGUGCGCGGCGCAAGGAAAUUCAACUGCAGGAAACAUCCGACGCCGAGGCUCCAGACUCGUCGCCCAGCCGCCCAUCCGCAAAGAAGCGCAAGGUUGAUCGCCGCGCCUCUCCCACACGAACUGCUGUCAAGAACGAGUCCGCCGACGAAGCCGAGGACUCGGCGGGCGAACAUGAUCAAUCCGCGCACCAGGAUAUUGUCGACCUGGUUAUAUCGUAUUUGAACACCCCGCGCGAGGAACUGCGCGUCUCGCGCGACCAUUCCAACACCAAGACCGAGAAUAAGCAGAGUAUUCAAGCAUACGCCAAGAUCGCUGGUCGCAACUGGACUUACUACGUCAAGACGCUGCAUGUCAAUAUCGGCCGUGAACCGGAUCGUGAGCAGAGAUCGACCGAGCAGUCUAGUCCCGUCACCAUUGCUGCCCGUGCGCUUCCCGAUGUGCAUGUUGAUCUGGGUCCCAGCAAGUUUGUGUCUCGCCUGCACGCCGAGAUCUUUUAUGAUGGCGAGGAGACGCCUGCUUGGCACAUCCGCGUCAACGGUCGUAAUGGUGUUCGUCUGAACAAUGUGAUUCUCAAGCGCGGUGCCGAUGCCAUUCUCCACUGUGGUGACAUUAUCGAGGUGGCCAACUGCCAGAUGAUGUUUGUCACGCCCGGUGACGACGCCAACAUCCAGCCCAGCUUUAUUGAGCGCGCUCAGCGCAUUGCCAGUGGCCAGGAGCCUGAUCCAGCUUCACAAGCGUGGGAUGCCUCCCAGCAUGCGCACCCCUCGGCAUCGCAGGCCACCGAACCUAUACGGCCAUCAUCGUCUGGUGGUCCCUCGCUAGCCCCAGCACCACAAUUCCUGAAGCGCCAGGUCACCCCGCCACCACGAUCGCCGGAUACCGCUGGUCAGCGAACGGCCAAGCAGUCUCCACUCUACAACCGAGGCAUGAUGAUGGAGAGUACGGAGGAGAUUGACUACAGCAAGGACUCGGCUAAGGACCUGAAGCCGCCAUACAGCUACGCCAACCUCAUUGCACAGGCUAUCUUCUCCAGCGAGGAGGAGAAGCUUACGUUGAAUAGCAUCUACAAUUGGAUUAUGGAUCGCUAUGCGUUUUACCGACACUCGCAGAGCGGCUGGCAGAACUCUAUUCGUCACAACUUGUCAUUGAACAAGGCGUUCCAGAAGGUGCCUCGUCGAACUGAUGAACCCGGUAAGGGAAUGAAGUGGCAGAUCGCCGUCGAGCACCGUGAGGAAUACCGCAAGAAGCAGAUGCGCAAGGGUACUCAGUCAUCAGCACCAUCGUCCCCAGCUACCAAGGAACCUCCGUCUUCCGCGCGGGGAACCCAUGUUGUGGCGUUGGACACAUCCUUCUCGGCCACGGCCAAAAAGUCCCCUCCGGUGUCAUCUCCUGGCUUCAGCUCGUUUCCCGUGGCCCCUGUUGAGGCAUACACCCCCGAACGUGGGUCUCGCGGUGGCCGUGGAGUCGGAUCUGACCACCCAUUGCGACACAUGAACCCACGCGACUACGAGGAGCCCUCCCCUUUGCCUGCACGCUCGCACAAUGGCAAUACCAAUGCGAGUUCCAGCCGCGUGCAAAACAGCAGCAACAGCCUCAGCCGUGCCUACGGAUUAUCUGACAAUGUGGCCGGGUCCCCACCUGUGCUAUCCUCCUCUUACUACGACGAAGGCCCUUCCUCAAUGAUCACGCCCGCUCCUCAGCGCCAGCAACCACGUCUACCACCGCCAAGCACGGCACAGAUUCCAUCAAAGUUCAUGCCGAUGAGCUCGCCGGCGCAGUUCUGGAAAUUUGCCGAUAUCGGUAGCACUCCUGCCCGGCCCGUGCCGGAUAUGAGUCCGCUCAAGGGUGAGCCGGAUGAGCGUAUCAUUGGCGGUUUCCCGAGUAGUAGUCCGCCUCCUCCGAAUCUGGUGAGUCCGAGUAAGCCUGGGACGUCAAAUGGUCUCGGCUCGAGUCGGACUUUGCCGCCUCUACAGUCUGAUGGUCCAUCAGAUUUGGGGGGUCAUGGGCCGAUUAAGGAAGAGCGGAUGCACGAAGAGGAUGAAGAUGAUGGAGGUGGUUUUGACCUAGCUCGUGGAUUCCAGCCCAUCGGCUCGUAUCAUCGGCAGCUUAGCAAUGCUGCCCGGGCGACUGCUACUUAACUUUGACAAAGUACAAAGCUCAAGUCGCCUCGCCUUAUCUCUGAUGAUGUAUAACAUGUUGAGUAAGAUCGUAUUUUUUGGUUCUUUUUGGGAUUUUUUGGUCCUCGGAGCUGCUCGCUCGUUUGAUGUCUUUUGGUUACAUCUCGUCGCGCUCCGCAUACACCGGUGUUGGUGACUUGUUUUGAUUAUUCUUAUUUUUACACUUUUUUUUGGGCUUUUUGGUAUUCCUCUCACUUUCUCCGUUGGUUUGCACGGGAAUGGAGAAUGGAGUUUUGUUUUUCCUUUUAUCUCUUCUUUUGGAGUUUAUGGGGAUUUUGUCUGAUGUCCGGGGUUUGCUGGCGUUUGGCUGCUUCGAUGGACCUCGUGACUUUGGCUUUGGCUGUUUUUUGUUAUUGUGUGGUUCUCUGUUCUCUGUUUGCUGGUUAAUGUGUACGUGUUACGUGUUUAUUUAUCUUGGUGGCAUGCCAUUCGUGGUGGCUGUGUAGGUAGGAUGGGUCUCCAAUGUAUGAUAUAUCCAUACAAGAAGUGUCUGUCGUAGGGUAUACAAUGAAGAACUGAAGUUAAAUGGG